UUCGCCGGCACGGCAUGACUUACUGGGUCGGGCUUCCCGGCGUGUUCCAUUCGGGGUGCCGCUGCGAAGGCGCCCGGAGGCCGGAGGCUGGACGGAGGCGGCCCCGUCCGCGGCUGGCCUGCAUGUCCCCGUUGGGGUCUGUCUCCUGUGCACGGUUCGGGAGCCGGGUUGACUGACGACUUGCAGAUUUCACAAAGUGUGCGUGCGUAUGAAACAGACAAGUCAACUUGCUCUUUGUACACGCAAAAGCGCGAGCAUCAACCACUGCCUGCCCGUCAUCAUGUCAUGCAACCACUUAAGCAAGUCACUCACCACCGCCAUUGGCCAGCGAUACCGAUACCAGGGCCAUUGACCACUUCCUUCCUUCCCCUGGCACACGCGUCUCGCAUGCGCGCAACGUGCCCGCCCAUUGGUUCUCCCCCCUCUCGAGACGACUCGAGACUUGAGAGCUUUGCAACAACCUUGGAACCACCACCGCAUCUUCACCGACAGGGGGUUACUUACUGGUCGCAUCACAGACCACCAUCGAUCGGCAGGACAGCUGCCUGCCCGCUCGCUCACUUCGGCUCUUCGUUGGCGACCAUCUCUGCCGUCUUCACAUGCAUUACCCAAAUGCUCUCCGCCAUCACAAACUGAUGCCCCGCGCGUGAGCCCGUGAACAAGUCAACACGGUCAUCGUCGUCGUCAUCACUCAUCAUGGCCGACAACGAGCCUGCCACCGCUGCCGUCGCCCACCCGCUUCGUCUGCUCCUCGCCGGCUGCUUCAUCCCAGCCCUCCCGCUCUGCGUCACCCACGGCGUCCUAUCCAGCAACCCCGUCCCCGCCGUUGGUCUCAUCCCCCAGGCCGCGUCCGUCGUCUCCUCACUGCUACUGCUACGCCUUCGUGCCGCGCCAGCGCCAGACACCGAGCAUCAGGCCGGACAUGGCACCCUCGCCAACGGAGAGCGUGCUCACGACGGCGACGGCUAUGAUGAUGACGACCAUGCUCACGAAGACGCGGCCGAUGACGACCCUCGCCAUGUCUUGCGCGAGACGCUUUCGCACCCCAUCGCCGUCUUCUUGUUCGACACCCUCCUCGCAGCGUCUUACAUGAUUGUCCUCGUCUUCACCUGGAUAUCACCUUCGCGCUCCCCCUCGCUCAGCAUGCUCGCCGCCUACGCCACCAUCCCCCUCCUCACCAGCUUCCUCGGACACCUGUUUCUCGCCCUGCGCGCCCUCUACGACGGCCUUGCCGUCCGCGGGCUCGUCAGGUACGUCGCGUGGCGCGCAGUCCCGUCCGACUGCCCGCACUGUAGCGCCCGCCUGCGCCCUGCCCAGCUCCCCGAGUUCCCUUGGCUGAGGGCGCUGCGCACCAGCUUCCGCCGUCUCCGUCAACUCCGCCGCCGCCGCCGUGGUGACGACGGGUACGCGCCCGUCUUUGUGAGCGAGACGGGACGUUAUCGAGACGACGAUGACGGCGACGAUGAGCAUCGCGGCGACGGCCAUGACGGCGGUGUCGGGCCGGCGGCUGCAGAUGACGACAUGAGGGCGGAGCAGCCCGAGGCCGUCGAGGUCAGGAGCAGGGAGCGGAGGGGCAAGAAGAGCGCCCAGCCUGCGCCCGAAGACGCUGCGCCUGGGGGUAAUGAGUGAUGGCCUUUGGUCACUGGGUGGCGCUUUGUGGUUGUAUGGUGUAAGGAGUGGUUGUCGGUGAUUAUGGAUGCUCUUGUGUGACUUUUGGGGGGUAGGGUUGUUGCUUGUGUGGCGUUGACGACGGGGACGUUGCUGAGCAGCGCUUAUGAGAAUACCGCAAGCCCUUUUUUUCUUUCAAGUUGGCGUGUUUCCGCAGCAGAUACCCUUGAUAGGCUCAGUCUUGUUCUCUUGUACUUUGACGCCGCCGCGUCGUGGGCCGUGGAGCAGGCCUUGAUAGUCUUUAUACUUUUUCCAC